AUGUGUCUGCUGAGGAACUGGGACUUGUUGUUGUGUUUGGAAAAAAACUUCUCGGAGACAGAUGAGCUGAAGACCUUCUUUGGGGAGGAACAUGAUUUCACAUCUCUCGAUGUUUUCCUGAAGGUCGUCCUUCAUAAAUCUCUCAGAAGUCAGAACGGCCACCUGGACCUGUUUGUCCGCUUCCUUCAUGGCCUCUCUCUGGAAUCCAACCAGACACUCUUACAAGGUCUGCUGGGUCAGACAGAGAUCAGUCCAGAAACCAUCCAGAAAGUCAUCAAGAACCUGAAGAAGAUCAAUAGUGGAGAAAUAUCUCCUGACAGAAGCAUCAACAUCUUCCACUGUCUGAUGGAGAUGAAGGACCUCUCAGUACAUCAGGACAUCCAAGAGUUCCUGAAGUCAGAGAACAGAUCAGAGAAAGAACUCUCUGAGGUCCACUGCUCAGCUCUGGCCUACAUGCUGCAGAUGUCAGACCAGGUCCUGGAGGAGUUUUACCUGAGGACGUACAGGGCAUCAGAUGAGGGACGACGGAGACUGAUCCCAGCUGUGAGGAACUGCAGGAAGGCUGAGGCCACAGUACUUUUGAAUAUUAUCUGGUAAUGAACAGCUGUUUGCUUUGUUUAUCAUUUGAAUAGCUUUAAACUCCACAAGAUCCAUACGUUUCCCGGAGUUUGAAUGUAGAAUAGUGGAUUAGUGUGUUCAUAGAAGUCGACCUUGUGAACAAUUCUAAUUGCUUUAUUGUGCAAGAUAAAAAUCUUUUUAUUGAAUUUACAGAUGUGUUUCCCCAAAUUUAUACAUAGUGAGUUAAAUAUGAAAAAAAAUCAGUGAA